ACCGCGAUAGCUGGUUUAGACUGUCGUCCUGAUUCAGCCUGUCUGAACCGCUUUAAACUGAUCUGCAAAUUAUUUCUUACAAAACGCAAUCAGUGUAGAUUUAGCAUUUGUAAGAUAUUUCUGCACUCCUUUAGUAAGGAUAUACAGAAGGCAGGCAGUGAACAGCUGCUCUUCAAUUUAAAAAUGCCUUUAUGUGACACAUUUGGUCAUAUAUCCGCGCUUUUCCGAGGUACCGUACAACCAAGCGACGUGAACCUGAGUCCUGAGUCAAGCCGCGUGUGUGGAGGCGUGUGUUGGCUACGCGUCACUGGUGGGCUGGUUUUUAUCGGCGUGCGCGGACAGCCUGAAUGACUUUGGUUUCAUCAGCACUGACGCUGCGCAGCGCCGACUCGGUUGCCCCCCAGAAGAGCAAAGUUAACUAUUUUUCGGAUAUAUACAGUGCAGUAACUUGCACAAGGACGACAGACCCGUCCAAACUAACUCGGAUAGGCUACAUAACUAAGGGCAUUCCUCAGAAUUGGGAGAGAACGCAUGUUUGACCUACAGCAGGAUAGACAGCGUGCGAUCCGCGCUUACUUGGCAGCUGCCCAUUCAGCGACUGAAACACGCUGAAACACCAGGAUCGCUUCGGUGGCUUGGAAGCUACCUACGUUUGACAGGACGCGAAGUGGUGGGCCGACGCAGACCAGCUGACUUGGAAACACAAGCUGCGAUAUUUUUCCACUGUGGCUGCGUCAAGAGAACCCGACUGAAAAGGGGGAUUGCUGGGAUUUUACAUAAAAAACUGCGACUUUUCCUUUUUGUAAUCUGACGUCUAACAAAGGCGUACAACUGAACAUUUUCCACUGUGCCACAUUGAAAUUAACACGGAAUUUACUAUCACAUGAUGUACACAAUAACUAGAGGUCCAAGCAAACUUGUUACACAACGGAGAACAGGUCCCACGCAGCAGAUUGAAAACAAAACCAACGAUCUGAAACACAAACAGACCCCUUGGCCAGCGGCAAAUUUUCCUGCGCCCAAGCUGGUGUUUAACCGCUUGAACGGGAAGCGGUACCACACUCCAGCGGCCCCGCAGGUCGACAGGCAAGCCGAGUCCUUCAGCGCUGCUCACGAGGAGAAUGUCAAGUUUGUAUACGAAGCCUGGCAGGAGGUGGAGCAGCAGCUGGGCUCGGCGGGUCUCUGUGAGAACGGCCAUCAGGAGCAGCAGCACAGACCAGUGCAGUACUCAGAGAAGAGUCCCAGCCCCGCAAUGAAGAACUUUGUGCCCGUUGACCUGGACGAGUGGUGGGCCCAGCAGUUCUUGGCCAACAUCGCCAACCUGUCCUGAGCGACAGUGAGAGGUGGCAGCAGGCCAGCGGCCAGGAGGCCAGGAGGCCUCUCGGGACCUGAGCUGACAGGAGGGUGGGCCGUCUCCCAGCUGCAGCACAGAGGGGCAGGGGCAGAGUUCGGGACACGCCCUAGCACCCCCCUCCCCCCACGAUUGGCGUCGCCCGUGUGCGAAGCAACCCUGACAUUUCCCAGUGCGCUAUUUUACCAUUCCUAGUGACCUCUGGCUACAGCCCUGCAUCUGCUGACCUCUGUCCAGCUGGCCAAUCAGGAGAAAGAAGAUCUUUUUUUCUUCCUCCUUUUGUUUCUUGUGAAAGGCCCCUAUGCUGUAUGCUGAGAGCAAUGUGUUUAACCUGGCUGGUGUUUACAAAAAACAAAAAA